UAUUUAUUAAUAAUCUACAUUAAACAUGCUUAAAAUGAAUGUUUCCUUAACGUUUGAAGUCCUACUUUAUUUAAACUCCUACUAUUUUGGAUUAUUUGCAGUAUGUGAACUAGGAAUGAAUGCUGUAAAGUAUUUUAGCUUUAAUAGUUUACAUCAUUAUACCACUGAUUUUGGUGUGCUCAUGGGAGUUCUCUGUAUAGAAAUAUUAAGGGUACUUUUAGCUAGUAGAGGAAAUUUAACAGAGAGAAAAUGGCCCGUAAUUGUAGCAAUUUUAUUAACAAUUCCCUCUGUAUUAGGAGUAGUAUAUCUAAUGAUAUGGCAAAGUGAAAUAUUACGAUUUGAAUACAUCAUUUGUGCUAUGCAACUGGCUUUUUGUGCAUCAGAAAUUGUUACAGGAAUAAUGUGUCUUUUCUCGUGUUGCCAAACACCUGAAUAUUAUUAAAUGUCAUUUUUU